UCCUAUAAUAUGUGAAUGUACAGUUUUAUAACUUUGGGUAACAUUAACUAUAAGAACUCAACUGGACAAUUUUAGUUUGUAAAAUGUAUAUAAUUGUAACAAAUGUUUUCCAUUAGCGAUAUGUAUUAGACCGAGGAACGCACUGAUGCACUGAUUGCUCCAAUAUCACACUUGGAUUCUGAAACACUAGUCCCACACUCUCUGGAGUUGAAAUAGAUUGUGCGGAGAAUGGUUAAUGUAAGCAUGUAGAAUGGAUUCAUAAUAUGUCCUGGGUUAGUAUAAAUAUAACACUUUUUGCAGAAGGUUAGAGUAUCCAUACUAAGUGAAAUUUGUACAAUUGGGACAAGUGUGGAACAACUGUGGCAACAGACAAAAGCUACUAUGGAUAGACAAAAUACUUCAUACAAUAUAUCAUAUACGGUAGCAGACCAACAACCACAUUUCAACCAUUUAAUUCAUAAUAAGCCAAAGCCACAAAGUUCAGCAGAAAUAAACUUUUCUUUCAAAUUACUGCAACAACAAUGAAAUGGGGAACAACAACAAAAAUUCCAGAAACAGUUUUGCAAACAAUCAGAGCAGAAGAAAGCACAACAGAUAUAUCGGGAGAAAUUGAAACAACAACAAUCGAAUCACAAGAGACUACAGACCACAUAAUUACCGAAGCUGAGCAGCAAACAACACUAUCUGAUUCGAACAGAACUGAAUCUCAAUCUACAACUGAUUUGGACAAAAACAUCACCGUUACCACAGGAACCAAUGCAAGUUCUGCUUCACUGAUGAUUACAAUUCCAGUGUCAGGAAUAGGAAUGUUUUCCAUACAAAAUGAUUGAAGAAAGAAAGCAAAGAAAAUUUAGAGAGGUUGCUGAAGAUAAACUCAACAUGUGGAAACAUUCAAAACUCUUCAAUUACAAAUGGUUGUUUAAGCAGAUAAUUGCACUUGGAAUUAUUCUGAAUGAAGCAUCAAUAUGCAAUGGUUGUAAAAGUGUAAAACAACUUGGAAUACAGAGCAAGAGAAUCAUGUAUGGACCAAGUAAUGAAUACAACUGCUGGUAUGACUGGUCCAUACCACCAAGUAUAUACACAGAUCAUGAAACAGCAGUUGUUCUGUUGUUACAAAAUGUUUCACUGCCAAAGAGAACAGAUACUGCAAGAAUAGAAUGCUCUGGAGAAAUCAGUCUUCCGAGCACCAAUGACUACAAAUGUGAAUUUGCAAGCAACUAUUGUCUUGCAUUUGCAACUGCAUCAACCACUUGCAACAUCAGCAAAAUCAGAGAGGAAAUUCCAGUUGCAAAUCACACCUGUGAUUCAAUCAUUCAAUGGAAUAAAGCUGGAGGAAGCCCUUACAAAAUACAAUACCAUGCAAAAAACUAUACUGGUUACACAAAACAUUUCACAAUACAAUAUCUUGUUAUCGAUUGUAGAUCGGCAACCACACCUCCACUAACAACUGAACGAGCAACAACUUAUUCAGAAGAAAUAUCAUCCUAUAAAAUGCUGUAUUCAGACUUGACAACUGAAACAACUAAAACAUCUGACAACACUCAACACACCACUUAUGAAAUAGAAUGCAUCAGCACUCAAACAUCACUGAUCAUUGCUAUUCCAGUAUCAGGAACUAUUGGUUUGAUCAUUGGAGCUUUGUUGAUGUUCAGUAUAUCGAGGUACUGCAACAGCAACAAGAAGAAAACAAAGAACAAAGAUUCAAUGGAAAUGGAAAGCAUUCAACAUCAGCAGCAAACUGGCCAUAAACGAACAACAUAUGAAAACUACACACCAACAUCAGAUGAAAGUGGAUAUGAAGUUCCGAAUCGAGUUGAUAACAAGAAUGAACAUAAAUAUGAGGUUGUGAAAAGCGGUGCAGAAUACCAAUAUGAAAAUUAACAGCUUGGACAACAUUUUUCACAGUUACAAAACUUAUACCACAGAAAUUUUGCAACUGAAAAAAUUCAGCAGUUGUUUGCAUCUGUAACAUAUUCAUCAACAUAUAUUAUAUCAAUUAAAAUUAUCUAUAAUUACCACAAUACUUUUAAAGAACUUUUCCAUGCAGUAUCUUAUCUGGCCUAAGGCUCUUCUAGCCUAAGCAACCACCCAGCAUAUCCUACCAAUAUAUAUAUAUAUACUGAGUGAGUGUACAUGACUAAAUAACUGCUGAGUAGAAAUGUGAAAUUACAAACAUUUCUAAUUCAUGGUCAUCUGAUAACUGGAAAAUUCCAGUAUUUUUACGUGUUUUUCAAUAGCAAGAACUCAAAAUUACUCCAACAUUCUGCAAAUACUAGCUUUAUUUAUUUUUGUUCACUGUGUAAGGGGCUAUGUUACUGCAGUAUAGAUAACAAUGGGGAUUUAUUUUACCACACACGUACCUACAAUUCUAACAGACAAACAUUACUAUUAUUAAUAGCAGAGGAGUACCAGAGAAAUAUGUGAAACCCUCUUGCACAAUAAAUCCUCAUUGUGUGGAUUGAUUACUUGGAUUCAAUUAGUUGAACAUUGAAACCAAAAUAUGUAAAUACGAUCUGUGACAAUCUAAUAAAUAGUGCUUACAAAAACUUUAUAAAAAACAAUUGACCAGAUUUCCACUAGUCCUAAAUCCUUGUUCCACAUUUGUCAACUUUUUGGCACACAUUUGUCCAACUUAUCCCACUACUAUAUUUUCCCACACUCGCCCCACUGU